AUGACUCUGCGACAAGAGUCUCCGCCACCGCUGGCAUCGCCUCUGCUACACGAUGCAGUCCACGGGGACAGUUCGCCGCCCCUUGCUGAUGAACAUUUUGAAGAUGAAUUCGAAGACGCAACAGACGAAUUACCAGAAAACACUACCCCUGACUUGCACACAGCUUUCAAUGACUGUGAGGUGGCAAUACGCAAAUUCUUUAAUAACGACUUGACUGGUGCCAUGACCAUUAUGAAGCCAUGGCAACGCACCUCUGUGUACCAUAGCCUUGGUGCCGCUAUAUUCGAGUUUAUUCCUGCUAUGCUGACAUUCGACUCAACGCAGAUCAACAACGCCUUAGCUGCACUCAAAAUAGCGAUUGCUAUCUGCCACGAGCAAAGGAAAAACUACACCUUUGUAGAAAGCAUCGGCACCAUAAUUAAAAAGCCUAAUUACGCAACAUACACCGACAUGGAAGCUCACGCUGAACUAUGUUACGCAGAAACAUUAAUGCUUCAGGCAGCCAUGACUAUAAUGGAAGGCGAAGAUCUUACUGGAUUUAUCAAAGGAACCAUCAAGAUCAAAAACUGUUACAACAGCUAUCGGGAAUGCUCUAAGAUAUUGGAAAAGAAGCAAUGGGAGACGGAGGAAUCCAAGAUCCAGUUCCAAAGUGGUGUGCGGCUGGGAGUCGCUACGUUUAACGUGAUGAUCUCUUUGCUGCCACCAAAAAUAAUAAGCGUGUUAGAGUUCGUGGGCUUCUCUGGGAAUAAGAGUGUUGGACUUACUGAGCUCGAGGCGGGCUCGCGCGCCCCGGGAAUGCGGUCGGUGUUAUGCGACCUGACGCUGCUUGGGUACCACCUCGUGAUUUGCCACUUCAUUGGCGCCAUCGGGGACCUGCCCGUCUGCGAGCGAAUACUACACAAACAGUUAAAGGUCUUCCCGGAGAGCGUUUGGUUCCUCAUGUUCAAAGGUCGUAUCGAGUUGAUACGCGGACAAUUCGAUACUGCGAUUGAGACUUACAAUCGCGCUGUUACUAGCCAAAGGGAUUGGAGACAAUUCCACCACGUGUGCUACUGGGAGAUAAUGUGGGUGAACAGUUUGAAGAUGGAUUGGCGCGAGUCUGCACUGUACGCUACCAGGCUAUUAGAAGAGAGCACUUGGUCAAGGACUAUAUACUCAUACUCAAAGGCAGCCAUGUUGCUGCAAUUAGAUGACAUCACCGUUGCCGAGAAAAAGCAGUGUUCUGAACUGAUGCGGUCCGCGAGUUACUACAAACAACGUAUCGCGGGCAAGUCCCUGCCGAUGGAGAAGUUCGUAAUAAAGCGAGGUGCGCGCUACCAGGCGCAAGGCGGCCGCCUUCUAUUGCCCGCCAUCGAGCUCCUCUGUCUCUGGAACAUGUUCCAAAUCCUCGCCAAGAACGAGAGAGAUGCACAGAACGUCCUCAAGUUAAUAGAGGCUACUAUCGAGCGCGUUGAGAACGAGAGUCGCGAGUGGAUGGCUGGCUAUGAAGCGGACAACCGUGCGUUACUGCGCUUCCUGAAGGGUAGUUGCCUGGCCGCCAUGAACCUGCCUCGCUUAGCUCUCGACACCUUCGACGCAGUCUUCCACUUCAAGAAUGACCUAAAAGAAGAUACAUUCUUGCUCCCUUACACGUUGUCCGAGAUGGCGAUGUGUCACUACCAGCUUGGAGAUAGAGACCGCGCCCUACAAAUGUUACAGGAAACCAGAAAGAAGUACUCGGGGUAUUCGUUAGAGUCUCGCCUACAUUUCCGUCUGCAUUCGAAACUAGAUUAUAUAAAGAAUGGCAGCCAUGGAGCAAGUACGAGCCGGAGUGGAAGUUCUUCCUAA